UGUCCGCGGUUGGGAAACCGGCAGUCCGGGCUCCUGGGCCGAGGUUCACGAUGUCGGAGAAGGAAACGAGGCAGAGCGGAGGCUCCCCGGAGGCCAGCGGAGUGACUGUCAGCAACAUACAGGAACUGAUACGGCGCAAGGAGGAGAUCGAGGCGCAAAUCAAAGCCAAUUAUGACGUGCUGGAGAGCCAAAAAGGCAUCGGGAUGAACGAGCCACUGGUGGACUGCGAGGGCUACCCCCGGGCAGACGUGGACCUGUACCAAGUCCGAACCGCAACGCACAACAUCGUCUGCUUGCAGAACGAUCACAAGGCGGUGACGAAGCAGGUGGAGGAGGCCCUGCACCAGCUGCAUGCUCGCGACAAGGAGAAGCAGGCCCGGUACCUGGCCGAGGCCCGCAGGGAGGCCAUGAGCCACGGCCUGGGCCAGAGCCAGGACCUCAGCCCUGCUCCCUUCGCCACAGCGAACAGCAUCAGCCCCGGCUCCCCUGCCAGCAUCGCAGGUCUGCAAGUGGAUGACGAGAUAGUGGAAUUUGGCUCUGUGAACACCCAAACCUUCAAGUCCCUGCAGAACAUUGGCAGUGUGGUCCAGCACAGUGAGGCGAAGGCCCUGAACGCGACAGCGAACCGCAGAGGGGAGAAAUACCAGCUCAGACUCGUGCCAACACGCUGGGCGGGAAAAGGACUGCUGGGCUGCAACAUUAUUCCUUUGCAAAGAUGAUUGACCCUGGGGAACAGAAACAGGAAAGCAUAUUCCCUUGCCCC